CCCCUAUUUGGAAGAAAUUCUCAAUAUCUCAGUAAUGCUUUUUUGCACUUUUUUUCCCAUUUUGGAGAAAUUCGUAAGCUUUUACAGCGUUUUAAAGUACGCAAAAAACUAGUGUCCAGUCACUCACAACAUGUCAGCACCGCGUCACAAGAAGUCCUGGUACGAGAAAAAUAUACGUCAUCGGGGUGAGAUGUCAUGCGGCCUAUUGUUGCAAAGCAUUGUACAARUUUUGUAAGAAGUUAUUUUGUUGUCAUAAAAUGCCUAAAUAUUGUGUUGUAACUCACUGUAAAAGUAAAUCCAACUUGAAAGAAGGCAUCAGUCUGCAUACGAUUCCCUUCUUUAACGAUGAUCGCCCAGAAGCGAAAAUAAGACGUAAACGAUGGGUUGACUUUGUAUGCCUUCACCGCAAACACUGGCAACCAUAAGAAUGGUCCGUAAUAUGCUCAAAGCAUUUCAAGUCGCAAGACUAUGAAACCAUGUUUUCAAAUAUCGAGGGCUUGAAAAACCCUGUUCACCCAAGAUUACGGCGAGAUGAUUUUGGCAUAAUAGCAUAUCCAACUGUUUUUGUCAGCGACAAAGAGAAAGCGCCACCACAAAGUGCGCGAACGCGUAGGAAGAUCAUGAAAGAAAUAAGGCAAUCUCAAAAGGUCGCUGAAACUGUAGGGGACCYAUGUAUGCAGACAGAAGAGCAUGAUAUCCAGUCAGUGUCACCAGUCGUGGAAAUCAAUGACGAAAGGAGAGACGACACAAACCAUCUCAGCAUCAUGUCAACGCACCAGCAGCAAACUCCGGGAAAACACUGGAGUCUCGAUCAGAGUUCCACUAUUCCGACACCACAUCAAUCCUCGUCGAAAGAACGACAAAUGCGAAACAGGAUUAUCACGCUACGUUCGCAUUUGAAGAUAAMGAAAGAACAGUUGAGGAAAGAAAAACUAAAAAACCAGAAAUUACUAGAGCAGCUAGAAACUUUGUAUUGUAAAGACUCCAUUGGUUAAAAAAUUGCACCACCGCACGAGAAUAAUGUUGAAGAUCACCUUGAUGAUCCUUGUAAAGAAGAUUGUCUAUCUUCGGACGAAGAUGAAGAGAUGUUAUCGGACGAGAAUGAGGUUGACAUGGAGUAUGAGACAGAAACAGAAACAGAAUCGUCGAUAACCGAUGAAGAGGACAACCAACCAUCAAGUUUCAUUGUAGGAGAAGACAAUCUAAGGACUCAUCCCAAGUUCAUUGUUUUCUGGUCGCAGCUGCUAAUGCUCUUCCAAAUUUGCCAUUCUUGUGGUGCAAAAAAACCUCUUGUAGAAGCAAAAGAAAUUGGUACCAUGGUUGUAGUGACAACUGACUGCUCAAGUCCUAAAUGUCCUAAAAGACACACCGUUUGGUCAAGUCAACCAAACAUGCUAUCUAUGAAAAUUCCUGCUGGGAAUUUUCUAUUGUGCAUGGCAAUACUGUUAAGAGGAGGAUCAGUCACGAAAGUGUUCACUAUGUUUAAACACAUGGGCCUUAGAUGUAUGUCCCUGGCUUCAUUCUUCCAUCACCAAAGA